UCAUUUUACAGCUGGAUGUGGGAGAAGCCAGACUAUUCUCACUGUGUCUGAGAAUAAAGACUAAUAUUUUUUGUCAAAUCUUCAAAAACGCCACUUCACCAUGAAGAUCUUGGUUCUUCUGGCUCUCCUGGGAGCAGCUCUACAUGACGCGGCGGCAGUGACUCACUCUCUGAAGUAUUUCUACACUGGAUCUUCUGGAGUCCCAAACUUCCCAGAGUUUGUGGUUGUUGGGUUGGUUGAUGAGGUUGAGAUGUUUCACUAUGACAGUAAAAUCAGAAGAACAGAACCCAAACAGGACUGGAUGAGCAGAGCCACAGCUGAUGAUCCUCAGUACUGGCAGAGUCAGACAGAGGUAUUGGCUGGCACCCAGCAGUCCUUCAAAGCCAACAUUGACGUUGCAAAGCAGCGCUUCAACCAAACUGGAGGUGUCCAUGUUUUCCAGAGGAUGUACGGCUGUGAGUGGGAUGAUGAGACCGAGCAGGUCAAUGGUUAUGAUCAGUUUGGUUAUGAUGGAGAAGACUUCAUAGCCUUUGACCUGAAGACGCUGACAUGGAUCGCUCCAAAACAGCAGGCUGAAAUCACCAAAAACAAGUUGGAUCAUGACAAAACUCUCUCAGCCGGUCAGAAAAACUACCUCACCCAGAUUUGUCCUGACUGGGUGAAGAAGUAUGUGGGCUAUGGGAGGAGCGUUCUGAUGAGAACAGAGCUUCCCUCAGUGUCUCUCCUCCAGAAGACUCCCUCCUCUCCAGUCAGCUGCCUCGCUACAGGUUUCUACCCUCACAGAGCCUCACUCGUCUGGAGGAAAGAUGGAGAGGAGCUUCAUGAGGAGGUGGACCACGGAGAGAUCCUCCCCAACCACGAUGGAACCUUCCAGAUGAGUGUUGACCUGAAACUUUCAUCAGUCACACCUGAAGACUGGACCAGGUACGACUGUGUGUUUCAGCUCUCUGGUGUGAACGAGGACAUCAUCACCAGACUGGACAAAGCAGAGAUCAGGACCAACGAAGGAAAGACUGGAAUCAGAAGUGUUGACGGGACAGAUAACACGACCGCCAUCAUCGCUGCAGUGGUUGUUAUUGCUCUCGUCCUCCUCGCUGUCGCUGGAGUGAUGGCUUACAGAAAGAGGAACGCCAUCUGCACUUCAUCCAAUGACACCGAGUCCAACAAAUCUGAGCAGUCUGACCCGUCUGAGCCUGAACAGGAGAAAACACUCCUACCAAACCCAUCAGGCUGAACGCAGUCUCUGGAUGGACUCUGCACUGGAACAAUGGAUGCUGUGGUCGUCUCUCUGUGUUCCUCCUGGUGAUGAACCUCCCUCCUCCUCUCGCUCACUGGAUUGACUCCAGUCCUCCUCCUCUGUCUGCAGGAGGAGCAGGAUAAGAACUGUAUGGAUGGAGUUUAGUAUCACUGUGGGGAGCUUUCUUGAUUUGACUGUAAUUCAUUGGACACAUAUUUCAGUCUGGUUAAUGCUACAGCUCUAAAUGUCACCCUGAUCACACACAUGCACAAAAUAUACAGAAAGCAUCAGAACCAAAUUUAUUGUCCAGUUGUGUAAAUAGUUUGUUUGUAUAUUUCUUUAAAACUGAGAGAAGAUUGUAAAACUUGUAAAUAUUUCCUGCUAUCAUUUCAUGACAAGGGACAUUUUUCUCUCUUAGUUUGUAAACAAAGAAAUUGAGUCUAAAAAUCACUUCUUAUGUUGGGUGAAGCAGAUUAAUGUCAGAUGAAGUUGAUUUUAUUCCUUUUGUACUUUUGCUUUUCAAUAAAGUCCCAAUGUUCCACA